UCAUCCACCAGCGGCCACUUUCACAUCAACAAUGAGAGCCUCCGCGGCUCCCGGGCAAAAACAAACGCGGAGUUUACUCGCUUCCCACCGACACUGAGCGUGUUUCCCCGGUCGUCUGUGCGGCGGCGCGGCCCCCGACUCCCACACCGACCGACGAUACAAAAACCAGAAGAAAAAUCCCCCAAGCAGUCGCAGCUGAAGUAAGUGAGUUGUGGGUGUGCUGCCAUGGCGGGUGGAAGGAGAGGGGCCAAUCGCACCACCUACUGCAGACCGCCGCUGAGCAGUGAACCCGGCUCCGUCAGCAACGGCAGCCACACGACCAGCUCCCCGGUCACAGGGGUGCGAUCCCGCACAAGGAAUGGCCCCGGAACGUGCAUGUCCAGCCCGCCGCUGGCCACGCAGACCGUGGUUCCCCUGAAGCACUGCAAGAUCCCCGAGCUCUCGGUGGAUCGAAACGUGCUGUUCGAGCUCCACCUCUUCUUCUGCCACCUCAUUGCCCUCUUUGUCCAUUAUGUCAACAUCUAUAAGACCGUGUGGUGGUACCCCCCCUCACACCCACCCUCGCACACGUCGCUGAACUUUCAUCUUAUUGACUAUAACAUGCUGGUGUUUACAAUCAUCGUAUUGGCGAGGAGGCUAAUCGCAGCGAUCGUUAAAGAGGCGUCACAGAGUGGGAAGCUGUCCUUCCCUCACUCCAUCUUCCUGGUGAUGGCGCGCUUCGCCGUGCUCACGCUGACUGGCUGGAGCUUGUGCCGCUCCCUCAUUUACCUCUUCAGGUCCUAUUCGGUCCUCAGCCUGCUCUUCCUGUGCUACCCGUUUGGGAUGUAUAUCCCCCUCUUCCGGCUGAGCUGCGACUUCAGGCGAGCCGGCCCGCUCUCCCCCAUCGCCAGCAUCGGCUCCAAAGAGGUGGGCGGCGUGGGGCGGGGCAGGGACUACCUGACGGUGCUGAAGGAGACGUGGAAGCAGCACACCAGCCAGCUGUACGGCGUCCAGGCCAUGCCCACGCACGCCUGCUGCCUCUCCCCGGACCUCAUCCGCAAGGAGGUGGAGUACCUGAAGAUGGACUUCAACUGGAGGAUGAAGGAGGUGCUGGUCAGCUCCAUGCUCAGCGCUUACUACGUGGCGUUCGUCCCCGUGUGGUUUGUCAAGAGCACGCAGUAUGUGGACAAGCGCUGGUCGUGCGAGCUCUUCCUCCUGGUGUCGGUCAGCACGUCGGUCAUCCUCAUGAGGCACCUGCUGCCUCCCCGAUACUGCGACCUGCUCCACAAGGCGGCGGCCCACCUGGGCUGCUGGCAGAAAGUGGACCCCUCCCUCUGUUCCAACGUCCUGCAGCACAUAUGGACGGAGGAGUACAUGUGGCCACAGGGAGUCCUGGUCAAACACAAUAAGAAUGUUUAUAAGGCCAUGGGCCACUAUAACGUCGCAGUCCCGUCUGACGUGUCUCAUUAUCGCUUCUAUUUUUUCUUCAACAAGCCUUUACGAAUAUUGAACAUACUCAUCAUCCUGGAAGGCGCCAUGAUCUUCUACCAGCUGUACUCGCUGAUAUGCUCCGAAAAGUGGCACCAGACGAUAUCGCUGGCCCUCAUCCUCUUCAGCAACUACUACGCCUUCUUCAAACUGCUCAGAGACAGAAUAGUCUUAGGAAAAGCGUACUCAUACUCAAACAGCGCUUCAGACCAGAAAGUCAGUUAGAGCCAUGCUGCCGUCGCUCACUGUCACUUUGGAACAAAAGGAGCCCGAGAGCCCUGUAUUUUUUCUACAAACUGUGUUUUUGUUCUGAUCUGCCAUAAUGAAAAGAAGUAUUUUUGUAUCACUUUAAAGUUUGUCUUUAGUUUUAUUAAAUUGAAUGAAUUUGACCACACGAGGCCUCUGCACGGUUAAAUCUGACCACUGUCCAGUUUGAUGCUCCUAACAUUGAACAGCCUCUGCACAGUUGAGCAACAAACCCUUCCUUUUGGGCACUGAAAGCAAAUCAUGAUACCAAUAUAUAAAGGAAAACAGUUGUUUUAUUAAACCACAGACUUUCAAAACGGAUUUCAUUACAAGUGUAAUGAAGAUUAAAUGAAAUUAACAUGUUUGCGCAAAACAAGAGAUUAACAGCUACAGAAAUUCAUCUGAUCUGCACUCCUGCACCAGAGGAGUUGAUUUUCUUCAACAACAUAGUAAUCCUGGAAAUAUUAACAUUUGCCCUGUUUGCCCCUUGGCAUGACUAGAGUGUAAGUCAAGUUCAAAAUGUGAAAAGAAAAAAGGAAACACAAACUAAAGGAACUAGAGACGGCAAAAAUAAGCAUUUAUAGCCAAUUUAGAUCAUCCGCUGAGUUUAAGAUAAGAUCAUA